AUGACUGAAAUGUGCACUGACCGACUUUUCUAUCUUCCAGACAACAAAAUGGCACUUGAAGUGACGCUGACGUCGGUGGUGGCAGCAAUUGUGGUGUGGGCCGUUCAGGUGGAGAACGGUGGUGUCCUCAAUACUGUCUUCAAAGUUGUGCCAACCACCUCGCCAUCAGGAACGGUGGAAUUUGACUUGUCAGACAACCUGAUGCAAUCGAAUAUUGAUUACCUCAUGUCAAUGCUGCUA